AUGAACCAAACAGCAUAUGUAUUUUUAUGCAAGUCAAGGUCAAUAUACCUGUUCUACAAUAUCUAUCUAUCUAUCUAUCUAUCUAUCUAUCUAUCUAUCUAUAUUUUCUCAUGUUGUCUGUCUGUGUGUCUCUCACAUUUUUCUAUCUGUUUCUCAUUCCUUCUUUCUCUUGUUGGAUUUAACCUUUUUUUUUUUUUUACUUCUCCCGACAUAUUUACUUCAUGUUUUUUUCUUCUUUUCCUUCCUUUUUUUUAUGAGAGAUUUUCUUGUCUUUCCUUUUUUUUUCUUCUUCGUUUUCUGUUUUUUAACUUACCCAGCAUUCAUUGCUUUUGUUAUAAUUUCCCCCCUCCUCACUCCCGCAUAUUGCCUUGUUUGUUUCUUUCUUUCUUUCUUUCUUUCUUUCUUUCUUUCUUUCUUUCUUUCUUUCUUUCUUUCUUUAUGCUACAUUUCUUUCAUUUAAUUUCUUUCUUUCUUUCUUAUUUCUUUUUCUCCCUUCUCAUUUCUUUCUUUUUUUCUUUCUUUUUGUUUCUUUUUCUUCCUUUCUUUCUUCCUUUCUUUCCUUUAUUUUCUUUCUUUUUCGUUUUUCUUCCUUUUGUCUUUCUUACUUUAUUCUUUCUUUCCUUUUUCUUUCUUUUUUCUUCCUUUCUUUCAUUUAUUGUCUUUCUUCCAUCUCUCCUUUUCCUUCCCUCUUUUUCUUCUUCUUUUCUUUCAUUUCUUUUCUUUCUUUUUUCUUUCUGUCUUCGUUUUUUCUUUCUGUUUCUUCCUUUCUUUUUUCCUUUUUUCAACAUUUUUUCUUCUUUCUUUUACCUUUUCUUUCUUUCUUUUUUUCUUCCUUUCUUUCACUUAUUGUCUUUCUUUCUUCUUUCUUUUUUAUUUCUUCUUUUCUUUCAUUCAUUUUCUUUCUUCCUUCUUUCUUUUUUCAGUUCUUUCAUUUAUUUUAUUAUUUCCUUUUUCCUCCCUCCCUUCCUUCCCUUCCUUCAUUCCUUCCUCUCUUUCUUUCUUUCUUUCUUUCUUUCGUCUUUCUUUCUUUCGUUUAUUUUAAUUAAUCCUUUCUUUCUUUCUUUCUUUCUUUCUUUCUUUCUUUCUUUCUAUUUACCUAGUCUUUACAUUGUUUCUUUCUUUCAUUCUUUCUUUCUUCCUUUCUUUCUUUCUUUCUUUCUUUCUUUCUUUCUUUCUUUCUUUCUGUAG